AUAGCUUGGGGCAUUGAAAGAGGCAACGUUGUGUUACCUAAAAGUUCCAAUAAUGAACGGAUCAAGAGCAGUUUUCGUUUGAUUGAUUCAAACGAAGAGGAACUCACAGCUGUGAAUAAUACUGCCGAAGGGCGGCAUUAUCGUUUCGUCAACCCGAAGGAUAUGCUUGGCUAUGAUGUAUGGCCCGAAGAGUCGAGUUAG